AAGAAACGUAUUCACUGAAUAAAAAAAGUAUUGUCCUUCAAAGGUAGUGUAAAGUCUUAAAAUUAGUGAUGUGAUUCUACUUUGAUUAUAUACUGUGUAGUUGGUGUCUGCUCUUCACAUUUGAAAUACACAAAAAACAAAAUAGUUAUAUAUAAAGAAGAAUUUGCAAUGUAACAUAUUUUCAAGAUAUAAUCCUGAAACUCAAAUGUUAAAGAGUCUAUACCAGCUGCUUGGUCAUCAAGGUCCAGUCAUAGGGUCCAUAUUAACUGCCUGACAUCAGCACUCAGCCCACUACACCCAGUGCUGCGUUAUUCCCAGAAACGCGUGCGUGCGUGUGUGUGUGUGUGUGGGAGAGAGUGAGGCCUGUGGGGGUGCGUUGGAUUUACGCAAGCGGGCGUGAUGACCGGGUCGGUGUGAUUGGUCACCAACUGCGUGCCACAAGAUUCCUGUCAGCCCGCAAAAAGGGUUGUGCGCUUUUUAUAAGGGUUAAACUGCUGCAGGCAGAGGGCACAUUGUUCAGAACCCACACAGCUGAUUGAGUGACGGAGAUCAACGACGGGAGCCGAACCGAACCGAAGCAGACCGGUGCGCACCACAAGGAACAGCAGCCUCUCCAAAAGAAGCGCGCUAAUUAAGAGAGGAAGAGGAGAGAGGAAGCACACGAGCCAUGUCUCUGCCCAGUGAGCGACAACUUUUUCUUCUAUGUUUAUUCUGGUUUCUUGGAUCUUGGAGCACAACAGACGCCGCUCCUUUGGACCAGUGGGGAGACGAGAUGGAGUUUAGAAAGGUGCGAGGUGUCCAAAGUGCAGAUAUGAGUGAUGUUUUAUGGCGAGAGCAGAACGAGGAGCAAGACCAGAAUGUUUUCAAAAGAUUCCUGUUUCAUUAUUCUAAAGCACGCAACUCUGUGGGAGCUGUGCAGCAUCAGUCUCACUCGGUUCAUCCCUUGAUGCGACUUUCCCCCAAACUGUCCCAGAGGAGAAACAAGAAGGUGUUACUUUUGAGGAUCCGAGGUCUGCCGGAGGGAUUGCUGUAGAAGAGAAAUAUCUACAACAAGAAAGGAAAUCAGGCUGAAGGAGGAGAGGACGGCAGGAAGCCUCCGGGAAACAUGACUUCUGCUACCAGAAAAUAAAUGUAUGUACAGAUGGAAAAACAAAGAGCAGCAACAUCAUGGCAUGCUUCCAAAUGUCAAAUCAGUGUGAGUCAAUGUGAGUCAAUGUGGACCCAAAGUCACCAAACACUCAGAAUAUUCUCUUAAGGACGUCCAGCUCACCAAAAGAAAAACUGGGACAGAUUAUUGUGGCAAAGCGGUGAACUCACAUUUAAUUCAACAGAUUCAAAUGUACACUUUUGUGACAUAAAUAUCAUGAAACGUAAUAAAAAAAGUUACAAUUUGUCUUUUGAUGCUUUUUGUAAGGAUUUUGGGUGAAGCUGAAGCCGUCGGACGUUUAUUUAAAUAUGAACGGUUGUUGUGCUGCUUUCCCGUCCAGAUGUCCUCGGGCAGGAUGGAGCUCUGCACACGAGCCACAUGGUUCAAAUAUGAAAUGUAGACGCUGAUAAUAAGGAGACGCUGUCCCCUCUGAAGGGUCCUCUCAGUCUCUAAUAGUCCUCGUCCUCAGAGUCGCCGUCCUUUCCCGUAGGAAGCGAACAUCUGAUCGACGACAUCAGCUUGUCUUCGAUCUGCUUCUUGGGGUUUUCCUCCAGCUCCGUCUUCACGGCUCCGGACUCUGAUAACCUCCACUCCAGCUCUGCACGGGAACCAGAACCAACAAUGUGAAGACGUGUGCAGGACGGGAGUGUUUGUUUAAAACAUCAACAACUCAAAGAUUACAGAUGGGAUUUAACAAAUGAAAGGAGACUAAACUGAAAA